CUCCCCACCCCCACCCCCACCCCCGAGAAGAGGAGGGUUUCGCCGAGGAGUAGAGACGGCGGCGCGGCGACAUGGGUCCAUGGCCGUGGCGCGGCGCAUGGACCGCGCUGGUGCGAUGUGGCCACGCCACCUACACCGCGCCGGUCCUUCCCCGUGGGCGCAUCUUCACGAAGCAAGUGGUAGGACGAGUCGCCGACGGCUCGGGGUUCAUGGCGGACCUGUCGACUCUCAAGGUACACUCCAAGCUGGUGAGCCGCGCGGGGGCGCCCGUGCCGGCGAAUGGUCCGAGUGAGAUCCGGCUGGUGGAGGCGGCGGUCGCGGCGAGGUGCGGCUACAAGUGUCCUACUUGGUUGCGACGGUACGCCGCUUCGAUCACGCUGGCUAGGAGGGACCAGAUCCAGUACGAGGAGACCAAGCCAUGGAGGAGCGCGGAGGUGGCCGUGAAUCUAGGAGGAGGUGGCGGGGACAGGGCGCCGUACAACUGCCCGGCGAUGAUACGCGCAUCCGAAGAGGUUGAGGUGCUGUUUGAGGAUGUCUUUGGUCAUGCGUUUGAUGGAGUGAAGGUGCUACUUCAGGAUUCUUUUGUUUCCGCAUCUGAUAGCAAGGGCCCCAAGAAUAAUCUGAAGUGUAGAUCAUUUAUUGUUUCUACUCCUUGCUCACCUUCAAGGUUUCUACCUGAGAAGUUUGGAGGCAACUCACAUGGAUUUCAUUACAUUGGUAACUUUGCUGAUGCUACAGUUAUGAAUGUUGAACUUUGUUGUGAGAAGCAAUUCAAUAAGUUGGACCUAGGGCCUCCAAAUUUUGACAGCAUCUGUGGAAUUAUACUGGCACAAAAGGUUCAUGAUCCUUUGAUAUCCAUUCUAAUGUAUCAGAGAAAACUGCUGAACAAGAUGUUCUCUUCACGCCAUGUCUUAUCUCAGUUGCAAUAUUAUAGAUUUUUUUCAUCAAGGAAGCUGAGAAAUGCAAUGAAUCAAAUCGAAGAUUUGAAGGCAAGGAACAUAGCCAUUCUGUGUUUGGAUGAUGGUUUCAAAGAAGUCUUAUUAAGCUUCAAAAGUGUAAUAGCGCAAAUGCGCCAGAAUUCUUAUGAUUAUGGCAAACGUGUUGAUCUCUCCAAGCGUUAUGGACCUGGCUGCAAGGUGUACACGGCAGGAGGAGCUGGCGCAUUCCAUGUAAUAAUUCAACAUUGCAAAGCGUCAUUCCGCAUGUCUUUUUCAGCAAGAGACCUGUAUUCCAGAGCUUGGAGAAGUGAGCGGGGAACAUUUGUCAUGAAACCAGAUAUCACAGGGUGGUUAUACAUAACAAAUGAAGACCAUAAAACGCUACAGUUCACAAGCAGUUCUACUUAUGGCGGUCUUGGUGGAGACGACGUCAAGGACACGUGGAUUGGCAUUCAUGCACUCCGUCACGCAUUUCAUGUGAUACGCAAGUCAGAUGGAAGGCCCACAGACCUUAGACAAGCUAUCAUGAUCAUCAGCAUUCACUUGUCAGAAUCAGCCCGCCUCCAGUCAGUUUUUGAAGCAGUUUGCGAGUCCAUGACUGAUGAUACACGAACCACUUUGGAUGUUGAACCUGAGGCUGCAGCCGGUGCUGCUGAAGCCAGUGCGGCUGCAGCCGGUGCUGCUGCAGCCGGUGCGGCUCGGCCAAUAAGAACUCAUACCCCCUCGUUUUGGGUAGCGAAUUAUGGUUACUACUCCAAACAGGCGAUGACAGCUGUUGACAAGUAUAUUUCAGAAAAUGAGGAGUACAUAAUUGAAAAUGUUAUGGGUGGUCAGGUAAAGUCACCAGAGGAGAUCUUCAGGGAGAUCCGGAUACUCUCCCGGGAUGUGUAUCGCGACGGUGUUUUUGCUGAUAAAGUUGGUGAUCCACCGCUAGCACCGCCAACGGAAUCUCCUCCGGAUGCCACGGGAUAUGAGGUAGAAUUUCCCUAUCCACAGUUAAGUGAGUGGGAAACCGGCACAAAAUAGGCUUCCCACUGCUGACAGAUUACAAGCAAGAGGCUGCGACCACGAAGACACAUCUUCUCUAUGAUCAGACACUUGAAACCGCGGCUCACCUGUUCUGCCACUGCCCGUUUACUGCCAAAGUGCAAUUCAAGCUGCACUGUAGACUGCACCCCAACCAAGAUGCUGCUACCAGCUACAACAACAUUCAGGUCCCAACUGUUCAAGACUGGUGGGCUCGCCACACCUCUGCCCACAAGCAAGACGCCCAGCAAGCCAUGUGCCGCCUGGAACAUUUGGAAUGUAUCUUCAACCAUGUUUCUUCAACCACUGACGAUGUUGCCUCCUUGAUUAUCUCUGACCUCAACCAUUUAAGGGUAGCCUUACUUAGACUGCCACCUGAACUAGACUGAUGGUCAGGGCUAAUUUUUUGUACUGUGCCUAAUGGCAACUCCCUUGUACAUUCUCUAUCUAUAAUGCAAAGGCAGAGCACCUGCCAUUCGUCAAAAAAAAGUACAGCACCACCAGAGACGUGCUGAUCCAGAGCUCCAGUUGAUUAGUGAAAAUUUGAGCAAGUUGGGCAAAAAGAAUUACCAAGACUUCAAAAUCUUGUUGAUUAGUGGUACCUAACAUACUGUAGCACUUUCCCAGUUUUUGCACUCAUACAAUCUCCUAUAUGACGCAAUGCCUGGAUCCCAUGUGGUGGAGUCACCACAUGCAUGUGUAAUGCCAUUUGCCGAGAAUACAGGCUGUACUUCAGAUUGUUCAGUUCCAGUGCGGCUGUCGAAGUAAAUUGCCAUAUGGUUUGUUCUAAUAGUUCUAACAGUUUCAGUGGGUGUGAUGAAAACCUUGCACUGCUAGGGCUCUGAAUAUUCUGCGGUUUCUUUGGCCAAACUUCAUUGGCAGUGUAAGCACUGGCUUUAGGACAAUAUGAAUCAAUAUGCUGCUGCUUCGGAAUCACUGAUUAUGAAGUAAUCUUCCUUUUUAUUCAUUUUUGAUCUGUAAAUGGAAUUGUUAAUGAAUAUGCUUCAUUCGCUGACUCUAUUCCAUUCCUUGACUUUAUAUGAUAAUAUUUCUAUUUCAUGAUA